UCCAACGGUAAGGUUUUUUGACAAUAUUAUUAGAAUAUUUACUACCAUAGCAAAAGAUAACUUUGAUGGAUGAUAACUUGAAUGAUUCAUUGGAGGCACGCACACAUAAUCGACCUCUAAAGUGUGCUGUGAUUGACGGCCAGGCUUUGCCUCCACGCAAGUGUUGUGCUUGUUUUUCCUUUCUCCGAGAGAUCAUCCUUACAUAGACGAUCUCUGUUUGGUUACUAUGCAACCAAGUAAAACACACAAGAGCAUCCUGCCAAGUGUGGCUAGCAAGCUCUGCAGCCAGCAUACAAAAGCGGAAAGUAAACAAUUCGAAAGAAAAUGGUAAAACAGACGAUUCAGAUAUAUGCUCGUAUAAAACCCACCAAGAAAAAUGCGGCGGUGUACUCUGUCAACAAUGAGCAGUCGACAAGUGGCGCUCUGGAAUUCGUGGUGCCCAAGGACAUGGCCGAUGGCUUUGUUAACAACAAGCGAGAGUGCUUCAACUUCAGGUUCCAAAAAGUGUUUGAUCAAGCAAGCAAACAAGAAGAGAUUUUUGAACACAUCGCAAAACCAGUAGCAGACAGGUGCAGUCGUUUGGACUUCAGUGUUGAAUACCUCGUUUGUGUUGCCAAUUCCAAAAGCCACCUGACCUAUUUCUGCUGCAGUGUAUUGUCCGGCUACAACGGCACCAUCUUUGCCUACGGUCAAACGGGCAGUGGGAAGACCUUCACCAUCACGGGAGGAGCAGAGCGCUAUAGUGAUCGUGGCAUUAUUCCCCGCACGCUUUCGUACCUGUAUGAGUGUUUCACUCAGGACAGCAGUACCAUGUAUAGCACCCACGUAUCCUACCUGGAGAUUUACAAUGAAAUGGGUUAUGACCUCCUGGAUUCCAGACAUGAAGCAUCUCGACUGGAGGACCUACCAAAAGUCAUGAUCAUGGAAGAUACUGAGCAGAACAUCCAUCUCAGGAACCUGUCCUUGCAGCAGUCUGCCAAUGAAGAGGAGGCUCUCAAUCUGUUGUUCUUGGGCGACACCAAUCGAAUGAUUGCAGAAACCCCCACGAACCAGGCCUCUACACGGUCCCACUGCAUUUUUACCGUGCACUUGUGUCGGCGCGAGCCAGGCUCUGCCACUCUCCGGCGCUCCAAGCUCCACCUGGUCGACCUGGCCGGGUCGGAUCGCGUCAGCAAGACCGGCCUAAAUGGCCAGUUGCUCACCGAAGCCAAAUACAUCAACCUCUCCCUCCAUUACUUAGAACAGGUGAUCAUUGCCCUGUCAGAGAGGAAUCGCUGCCAUAUUCCAUACAGGAACUCGAUGCUGACCUCGGUGCUGAGGGAUAGCCUUGGAGGGAACUGCAAGACCACUAUGAUUGCUACUCUGGCAGUGGACCAAAGGAACCUAUACGAGUCGAUCUCGACGUGUCGCUUUGCCCAGCGCGUGGCUAUCAUCAAGAAUGAGGCAAUGUUGAAUGAAGAACUCGAUCCUGCCUUGUUGAUUGCACGCCUGAAGCAGGAAGUUGAGUGUCUGAAGGAGGAGCUGACCAUGCUGACGGGAGAAGAGAGAGAUGACCAGCUAACGGUCGAGGAGAUGAACAAGUUGGAAGAGUCGGUCAAGGCCUUUUUAGAUGAUCCUGAUCCGGGCGUGACAAUGACUUUGGGACCAGACAUGAGAAAAAUCCAUCACUGCUUUCGUCUGCUUAAGACAAUGAUUCUUGGCAAUAGAAGCGGAAAGUGCUGUAACCAUGAUAUACAGGAGACAGCAGCGGCGGCAGCCACACCAGAGGAAAAAGAUAUUCACCAGCACCAGACGACAGAGGACGUUAACAAACUAAAGGAAUUGCUGCAGCAGCGUGAUCAUGAAAUCAGUGUCCUGGUCAAGAUUUUGAAGAAGGACAAAAAAAGGGCCAACGAUGCCACGAUGCAGCUCGCCAGGAUUUGCGAUGUACAGAACACGGCCAAGAGCGAUGCCAAGCCGGGGAACGGUGACCCCGCCUCAACUGGGCCUGUACAGUACACGACAAGAGGACCGCAGCUCUCCAUUGGAAAGCAGGAGGCCUUUGAGAGCUUUCUCGCUGACCGUGAGGACCAUCACGUCAUUGAAGACAACAAGAGUCUGCUCAAACAAAGGUCAGCAGAAGCCAAAAAACUUGGGGAGCAACUUCAUGAGGCCAAAGAAAAAAUCAAUGAAUUCAAGAAGGGGUUGGAGGUGCGUCGAAGACAGAGAGCCGCUUACGGUGUGAUUGGAAAUCACAAAGACGUUGGUGCGGAGGUGGACCCAGUAGAGGAAAACCUGCGGGAACACAUUGAGCAAGAAAAAAAGAUUUACAAGAGCACAGCUUGCCGCUUGAAAGCAUUGAGAACAGAGAUGGAACACCUGCAACUGUUGUUGGAGAGGGCCAAGGUCAAACUCCACAAGGACUUCCAGAAGUGGUGGAACGAGGAAGCUUCCAAUGUGCAGGAGUCGAAAGAUGAAGCCAGAGGUCACACAAAAAUCCUGCAUGGAGCCUCGCCCUCAUCCUCACCUGGCACUCCGGACUUUGAAACCCUCAUUCCCAAGCCAGCAUGCUCCAAUACGCUGCAAGAGGAACCAGCGGCGGACUUCAGUUCGUCACCAGAGUGGAAGGCCCUUUCCAAGUCUUCUCUCGCCCCAUCUUCUAUCCCCCGGACUGGAGACAAGCAAACGGAUGCAGACAUCCUGGCCUUCAUCAGAGCCCGGCAAAACCUCCUCAACAGGGCUCUCUUCAGAACUGACCUCAAGUCGUUUGGAAGGAAACCCCAUGAGACGUCAAAUUGUCAUAAAGGAAUAAAGGGACGCAUCACUACACUCAUCUUGCCCGUGUCACGACCAGCACACUUAAUGAGCAGCGGCAGAAUAGAAAUAAAAGCCCUCGUCAUCCAUUUGAUAGGAGCAAAUGUUGUUUUAAGAUAUGAGAGGGGAGACAACAAGAGGAAGCCAGCUGACUUGAGUACGUCAUGACUUGUAACAUCUUGAGUGUCAAUAUGUAGCUGUAAAUAUAAGUAGCUGCCAAGUAUUAAAGUCUUUUUUUAAAAUCCU